GAGAGAGAGAGAGAGAGAGAGAGAGAGAGAGAAGAUACUCUAGUCUCUAUACUCGGGUGAAAGCUUGUGAAGUCGUCCUUGCUACAUCAGCAACCCUACCAUAAUGUCCAAACCAAAGUUUCAGACGGAGUGGGAGGAAAUUGACGAGGAAUAUCAACAAUUACAGGAAACUCACAAAAUAUACAGACAGAAACUUGAGGAGCUCACCAAUCUUCAGACAACGUGCAGCAGCGCCAUCAGUAAACAGAGAAAAUGCCUGAAAGACCUAAGGCGCAGCUUGACCAAGUGUUCACAAACAUGUGACAAGAAAGAAUUGGAACUAAUAAAAGACAUCAAAACACAAAUUAAAGAUAAAGAAAAUGUGUUCUUUGAUAUGGAAGCAUAUUUGCCAAAGAAAAACGGGUUGUACCUAAAUUUGGUCCUGGGCAAUGUGAACGUAACGCUUCUUAGCAACCAGGCCAAAUUUGCCUACAAAGAUGAAUAUGAGAAGUUCAAGCUUUACAUGACCAUAAUCCUGAUGUUUGGAGCAAUAACCUGCCUAUUCUUUCUCAACUGUCGAGUCACUGAUGAAAUCUUCAACUUUCUGCUGGUGUGGUACUACUGCACAUUGACCAUAAGGGAAAGCAUCCUCAUGAGCAAUGGCUCCAGGAUCAAAGGUUGGUGGGUGUCUCACCAUUAUGUAUCCACCUUCCUGUCAGGAGUGAUGCUGACCUGGCCAGAGGGGCCCAUGUAUCAGAUGUUCAGAAGCCAGUUCCUCGCUUUCUCCAUCUACCAGAGUAAGACUUUAAUCUGUUCACUGGACUUGGAACAAAAUGUGUUUGUUACAUUGCUGUGUAUGUACAGUAUGGUGUUUUUAAGAUGUCAUAAUGUUUUUUGUGUCUCCACAGAGGGAUUUCAGUCCUGGAUGUGGAGAGGCCUCACUUUUCUUUUACCAUUCCUCUUUUUUGGCCAUUUUUGGCAGCUCUACAACUCGGUGACCCUGUUUCGUUUGGGAGGACGUGAGGACUGUAAGGAGUGGCAGGUAUUUAUGCUGGCACUGACAUUUCUCGUCCUAUUCCUGGGAAAUUUUCUCACUACCGUAAAAGUCGUCCAUCAAAAGGUUCAGAAAAAACAGGAAAAGGUGCAAAAAAAUGACUGAGACAAAAACUCCUCGGAUUCUAACAAACGGCCAGUAAUUUUAAAGCAACACGCACAAUCGCUUGAUAGACUGACCCACGCUACGAUCAGGCCGGGAGAAGACCACUGGUUCUCUCAGGCUUUGAUGGCAGCAGUGUCCAGCCAAAGUAUCUGGCCAACAGGCUUCUGCUUUCAAAUGACUUGUCGUCGAUGUUGCUGCACAGUCGGUCUCAGCGCAGUGUUGUUCACCUGAUAGACGGAACAGUUUGUCGCUAUAUUCUGUACAUAAAAAGUGCGAGGGAAGAAUGUGUUUUUAUUUGGGUGUUUGUGUCAGCGCAUGAAUCUGUCAGAGAGCCUUUUGUUCAAAUCAUAUGCAACUUAAAAGAGUGCAGGUAGCAUCGAUCAACCGAACAGAAUAUAGUUUGCCUUUAAAGACCUAACGUCUGUCAUGUUCUUGAUACUUCUGUGAAGUAGCGCUGGGCCAAAUGUCUCUGGCUUGAACAAAAUUGGACAUGUUCAGCUUGGCACUGCGCUUCAUUUCUUGAAUUAUCUAACUUUUUAUGUGUAGUUCUUAACUCCUCCUGUUCUGCUAUUUCACUGCUAACCAGUAUUUUUUUUUUUUUACUAAGACUUGUAGGUCGACAACUUUAAAAAAACAUAAACCUGAUACUUGACUGUCCUUCAAUUUCAGAAUUGUUUUCUUCCUUUCGGUGUCUUUUUCGGAGUCAGUUGUGGCUCUGUUUUUUGCUGUUUUCCUAGUUCCUCAAAAAAAAGUAAGGACUACAAGGGAAGGCUACACUGUUUCUCCCUUCAGGCAGUGGUCACAAAAGCCAUAACUUAUUUUUUUUUUAUGAUCUAAUGCUUAAACUUGGUUUGGUCACAUGAACACAGACAUAACAAUUUGUACUGUCCUCAAAGGAUUAAAGGGGGUUUUCAUGGGAACUCGGCCCUAACGUUUACACUUUUAUGUUCUCGUUAACAUAAUGCUCACAAGUUGUAAUGUUUAUCAUGUUUCACUUAUGAUCUAACUCUUCCUUCAAGCCUAUUAAACAUUUUAUCACAAAGCCAUGCACAGAGGUGUAUCAUUACUGUGCUGAAACAACAUGCUGGUAGUUCCCCCUUGUUAUGUGAUGUUGCAGAAAUGUAUUCUGACCAAAUGCUGCUAUUAGCACUGGUACUGUAAGACUAAGGUCCAGAAUGAUGAUUAAAAAUGUGCUGGAUUAUUGUUUUGUUUUUAUUCCAAUAAACGUACUAAAUAAAA